GGGACACCGUUCGUGGAAGUCAUCCCCGCCAUCGACCUGCGCGGAGGGCGUUGCGUCAGACUCCACCAAGGUGACUUCGCCCAGGAGACGAUAUUCUCCGACGACCCUGUUGCCAUGGCCCGCCAGUGGCAGGAGCAGGGAGGUCCCCGGCUGCACCUCGUCGACCUUGACGGCGCAGCUACCGGAGAACCCGCCCAUCUCGAGAUCAUCUCCGCAAUUGUCGCCGCUCUCGACACCCCUGUGCAGGUCGGCGGAGGAAUUCGCACCGCCGACACCGCCCGUGCCUGGCUGGAGGCUGGAGUCGAUCGAGUGGUCAUCGGCACCGCCGCUGUCCGGAACCCCGGCAUGGUCCAGGAAGUCUGUAGUAGCCACGGCAGCGGCCGGGUGGUGGUGGCCGUGGAUGCCCGCGAGGGCAUGGUGGCCGUUCAGGGAUGGCAGGAAGCCAGCGAGGUCAGCGCUCUCGAACUCGCCCACAACAUGGCCGCCCUCGGCGUCGUAAGGCUGCUCUACACCGACAUCUCUCGAGACGGGACCCUUUCCGGUCCCGACCUGGACACCAAUACCCAACUGGUGAGGGAGACCGGUAUGGCGGUGCUGGCGUCCGGAGGGGUAUCGUCCGUUGAGGACAUCCGGCAACUGGUCCCGACGAGGGUCGAGGGGGUCAUUGUCGGCCGCGCCCUUUACACCGGCGCAGUCGCACUUCCUGAGGCAAUUGAGGCAGCGACGGAGCGGGAGGAGGGAAGUGACUGGUGGGGCGACGGAGGGUGA